CAGGUCCUUUACCAGACAUCUGAGGCAUCGGAUGCUAUCUGGCAGGGCCUUUUUUCAGCAGGGCAAUCUGCGGACGCACUCGUCGCGUCGCAGCUCUCGGGUGUGACGCCUCUGACUUAUGUGAUUAUCUUCGGCGCGGGACUCGUAACUAGCUUGUCGCCAUGCACGCUGAGCGUAUUACCGCUGACGAUAGGGUAUAUCGGAGGGUACAGCAAGGACGGGACAGAUAGACCAUCGCUCAGCGCGCAGGCGCUCGCAUUUUCCUUCGGCCUGGCAACAACUCUCGCAGCUUUGGGGGUCAUCUCAUCGUUCCUGGGCCGCGCCUAUGGCCAAAUUGGUGACGGUCUGCCCGUGGCAGUGGGCCUUGUCGCGGUGGUCAUGGGCCUAAACCUGCUGGAGGUUCUCCCGCUGCAACUGCCCUCCCUGGACGUCGAUGUCCGUAAAGCCCCGGUACCGCCGGCACUGCAAGCCUAUCUUGCCGGGGCCACAUUCGCACUGGCGGCCUCGCCGUGCAGCACGCCCGUGCUGGCCACCCUGCUGGCCUACGUGUCCGCCACUCGCGACCCGCUGGAGGGCGGGGCCCUGCUGCUGGCGUACACGUGCGGGUACGUGGGGCCGCUGCUGCUGGCGGCCUCGUUCACGGGCAUGGUGAAGGAGCUCAUGGCUUUGCGGCAGUACUCCGCCUGGGUGACGCCGGCCAGCGGUGUGCUCCUGGUCGCAGGGGGGACUUACACCUUGCUCUCGCGGCUGGUGCCCUCAUAA